GUUAAAAGCAGCAAGAAAAGGAAAGCAACGAGGCAAUAAAAGAAACAUUUGUAGACUAGCUGGGAGAGAAUAAACAAACAAGCUUUUGGGGGAGGCAGAGCCCUAGUUGAAAGUGAGGUUUGGGAGCGCAGUCAAGAAAACUUCUUGUCAUUUAAUCCCACUGUGCUCGGCAAAACAAAGCUCUUUCUACAGGCUUUGUUAAUAAACAGGACUGUAUUCAAGACGCAUAUGAUUCUGUCACCAGUUUUUCCUUCAAACAGAAAGAAUUCAGAAGUCUGUUGACAAACUAUUUGGGUCGAAAGGUGGGAGCAAUAUUAAAGUGAUAUAUACAUUAUAACAAGCUUGUGAUUUUGCCGUGCCUCUCACUUUACUUUGCGACACGUCAACAUCAGUUAGUAUCCGUAGAAGUUGUGGCACGAUGCUUGCAGAUCGCUAAACCCGGUUAGGGCCCCCUGAGCGAAAAAGGGCCUCCAUGUGGGCAUGGACCUGCCUUCAAGCCAAGCACAUUGUAAGGCCUGGAGCCUGUUUUGUCUGAUAAGCCAUUUCUUUGCCUCCAGUUUCUAAAGCAAUUGGCAGUUUAGGAUUGCCAGAUUUUAAAGCACAGGACCGCCACGUCUGUCCCGAAGCCCUGAAGCCCAGCUGUAUUUCUGCUGUCACUCUUCCCUUCUGCACGCAAUGUCCCUGUGGGCUGCCGUGGUGGCUGAGGAAGGCGGUGGUACCCUGCUCCAAGCAGCCUCCCCCCCGUAACCCCUGGUCCUCACCGGCUCUACAGGCAGCUGCCUCGGCCACGCAGGUUAUAAGGCAUCAAAGCAAACUGUAAAGGGGGGUGGAAGCACAGACAGCAAUGGGAUUUCCCAUCCUUCGUACUCAAUUCCCAUAUUGCAUUCUAAAAGCGUACAGUUAAUAUGGAGGAAGAGUGUAUCUUGUAUGUUUUGAAUAUGAGAUGUAUCGAUUAGCUCCUGUGGUUGAUGGUAUGUCUGGCAACACUACUGACAGUACAGAGACCAGCCCUUGUCUUGGCCAUGUGGUCCCUGUGUGGUCUGCUGCCUGCUAGGGAGGGCUGAGAGUUUGUUACAGUCUCUGUUUUCACACUUAGUUAAGUUCAAUAACUCACCACCCAGGUAUAAUAAAAACUAAAUCAUGAUUGCUUUUAAUCAGAGGAUUUAAUGUAAGAGCCAUUACUGGCUGGAGUAGAAGCUGAUCUGAUUUUCCUUGGCCUGCCCUCUUCUUUUAAAAUCAAUUUUUGAGUGCACGGUCUGCUUACACUUUUCAUGUUCUUAUUAGCUUCUCGGUUGUCCUCCCAUAGAUUACCUUCCCAAGAGUUUUAAGUAUCAGAUUGCAUAUUUAGAGUUCCAAUGCAAGGAUAAUUUUAUUUAUUUCAUUUCACCAAGGUCUAGGUCGUAGUGGAAGAAGAGCGAGGCACGGUGGGGAUGGCGUCUGGACGAUGACAUCUCCCAUGGUGCAGCACUGCGGGCUCAGGCCAGGGGAAGCGCCUUUGAGGUUUCAGGGUGCUGUUUGCUGUGGCCCUUUUGUAGAUUGGAUCAGCUCUGGGCCCGUGUUUUGGGAAAAUACAUGGAAAAGUGUAUGCAAUACAACAGCUUAGAAUCUGGAAACAGAAGCGAGUACUCCCCUUUGUUGUUACUCUUGCCAUUUCUCCCAAAGUGGUGCUGAAGUCAGAGUGUGUUACUGUGCAGCUGUGAGGAAGACGCCCGAAAAUUAAGACCUAUUUUUAAGGUCGCCUUCCCCAUUUUUUUAUUUCGGCGCUUGCGUUUCACAAAGUAAAGCAAAGUCAGCCUUUACUGAUAGCAUUGCUCAAGCGAUGCUCGCAGACCUUUGGUGACGGUACCCCCACGCCUCUGCGGGCUGGCUGUGCGGCGGAGGGCCGGCUGGCCACGCGGGCCCGUGCCGAAGCAUGCCGGGAGUCGUGUUUUUUAGCAGGCAUUCUGGGACUGGGAGUUUUUCCGCUCUACUUCCCAUCGGCCACAGCCUCAUGUUUUGAGGUAGGAUCCGUCCCGCGCCGACCUGUGCGGAUGGUGGUGGGAAAAAAAGAAAAAAAAUGAAACCUUUCCAAAGUGUCUGUCUUUUCAGGAGCCUGCUUGCCAAUUGCUACUGUCAUGGUCAACUUCACAGCUGUCUUCUCCCUCCUGUUGCAAAGAAGAUAGGUUAUGUGGUGGGACUACACAACUGGGAAUUUUGGAGGCCAAAAUCUUUAUUGGACACAGCAAGAUUCACUCUGUCUUUUAAAAGUUGGCAUAGGAAAAAACAUCAGGAUUCUCGAGCAUUGUGGAAGCAUGAGGCUGUACAGAAGUAUCUGGAGACUCUAAGCAAGGAAUACCAGCAAGUUAGUCAUCUGUUAAAUGCUGACUCAAUAAAUGACUUUGAGCAAAGAACCCUGAGGAGAAGAUGUGCCGAUCUGUCCCCCAUUGCAGCUGCAUUUCAAGAAAUCAAAGAGGCUGAAAGAGAAGUUCAGGAGUUAGAAGCUAUGUGCAGAGAGCUAGACAGCAGAGAUGAGAAACAACUUUUAGAGCUUGCCUUAGAAGAGAAGGAAACCCUGGAUAAACAAAUCAACAUGUUGUGCAGAAAGCUUUUCCAGCUUCUAGUGCCAAAGGAAAAAUAUGAUAGAAGUCAUGUCGUAUUAGAAGUGACAGCUGGCAGAACAACUGGAGGAGACAUCUGCCAACAGUUCACUAAAGAAAUGUUUGAGAUGUACCAGAACUAUGCAGACUAUAAACAUUGGACCUUUGACAUCGUGAACUAUACGCCUGCUGAGAUAGGUGGGUUGCAUCAUGCUGCUGCUCAUAUUUCAGGAGAUGAUGUCUACAGGCAUCUGAAAUAUGAAGGAGGGACUCAUCGAGUCCAGCGAAUCCCUGAGACGGGCCUAUCAUCAAGAAUGCAGCGUAUUCACACUGGGACAAUGUCAGUUAUUGUCCUCCCUCAGCCAGAGGAGGUUGAUGUUAAAGUGGAUCCCAAAGAUUUGCGUAUAGAUACAUUCAGGGCCAAAGGAGCAGGCGGGCAACAUGUUAACAAAACUGAUAGUGCUGUGAGAAUUGUACACCUUCCCACAGGACUGGCGGUUGAGUGCCAGCAGGAGCGAUCACAGCAGAUGAACAAGGAAAUAGCCCUGCGGACACUGAGAGCUAAGCUGUACCAGCAGAUCAUUGAAAAACAGCUAAGUCAAGAGCAGAGUGCCAGAAAACUGCAGUUGGGAACAAGAGCCCAGUCAGAGAGAAUUCGUACUUACAACUUCACCCAGGACAGAGUCACUGACCACAGGAUCUCGUAUGAUGCACGCAAUAUCAGGGAAAUUCUAAGUGGGAAAGAAGCACUGGAUAAGCUGAUCAACAGACUGCUGGAGUUUGCAGAGAUAGAGACUGUCACCGAAUAUCUAGAAAAUUUGCAGGCUUUAGAAGGAGGAGGCUGCUGAAGACCUUGUGUAGAGUUAAAGCAAAAAUGUUCGGUCGCAAAACAAAACAGAUGCAUUUGCUAGAUGAUAGACUGAUUAAAAUCUAUGCCUCUGUUUUUCA